AUGAUGACCAACGGCUAUGCUGUCCACAAGGAGUUCACAGGCCCCGUCCACGAUUUUCACUAUCCUCCAGUCGUUUCCCCCGAUAUUGCUUACAAAGUCCUCGACCAAUAUCACUCCAAGCCCUCCAAGCUACGAGUAGCAUGCAUCGGAGCUGGCGCCUCUGGCCUUUGCCUGGGGUACAAGAUGGGAAAGCAAAUGGUACCAGACAGCUGGGAGUUGACUCUCUUCGAGAAGAACCACCACUUUGGUGGGACAUGGUUAGAAAAUACUUAUCCGGGUGUUGCUUGCGAUAUCCCCUCCCACCUUUACACCUUCAGUUGGGAUCCCAAACCCGAUUGGGCCAACUACUUUGCCUAUGGCGACGAGAUCCAACGAUACUUUGAAGAAUUUGCCGAGAAGAACGAUUUGAAGAAAUUCAUGAAGCUCAACACAAAGGUUGUGGAGGCACGGUGGGAUGAGGAGAAGGGCCUCUGGAGCCUGACUCUGGAGGACCAGGUCACCAAAGGAACCUGGCAAGACUGGUGCCACGUCUUGGUCAACGGCACCGGAAUUCUCAACAACUGGGCGUGGCCAGAGAUCGAAGGUCUACACGACUUUGCCGGCCCAAAAAUGCAUUCGGCGUCCUGGGAUCACUCAGUGGACUUCAAGGACAAGAGCAUUGGCGUCAUUGGCACUGGAUCAUCCAGCGUGCAGAUUGUACCAGCCCUACAACCAGAGGUCAAGGACAUGAAGGUAUUUAUGCGAUCGUCUACCUGGAUUUCGCCCCCGUUCGGAAAUACGACGCUCGAGUCUUUGAAAGAUGACCCUACCGACCAGCCGGGGAAGCGUCAGUAUACCUUUACCGAAGAGGAAAAGCAACGGUUCCGCGAUGACCCCGAGUACCACCUCAAGUUCAGAAAGGGCAUUGAGGCCGAAAUCAACUCGCUAUUUGCCAUGUUCUUCCAGGGCUCAGAAACAUCUGAGAUGUUCCGAAAGGUUAUCACUGAGGAGAUGCAUCGCCGCAUCGGCCCUGGCAAUGAGGAGCUUAAGAAAUUCAUCAUUCCCACGUGGGCGCCGGGUUGCCGACGCAUCUCACCAGGCGAUGGCUAUUUGGAAGCUCUGGCAAAGCCCAACGUCGAACCUGUCUUUGGUGGAAUCAAGAAAAUUGUCCCCGAGGGUGUAGUGACGGAGGAUGGAAAGACACACAAGCUCGACAUCCUCGUGUGCGCGACUGGGUUCAAGGUGGCCUUCCGCCCCGCCUUUAAGCUCAUCAACGGCAACGGAAAGUCUCUGGAUGAGGACUGGGGUGACUCUGUCAACCUGUACAUGGGUGUCUCUGCGCCAAGAUUCCCUAAUUACUUUACCAUUGUGGGUCCUGGAGCUACUUGGUCAUCGGGAACACUCCUGCCAUCCAUCGAGACGACGAUCGAAUACAGCAUCAAAGUGAUGAAGAAGAUUCAGCACGACCACAUCCGCUCAAUCAGCGUGAAGCAGGAUGCUCUUGAUGAUAUUUACGCCCACUUCGAUGAGUUCCACAAGAAAACCGUGUUCCAAGAAGAGUGUCGUAGUUGGUUCAAGGACGGGAAGCAGAAGAACCGAAUCUAUCUAUGGCCAGGCUGCACAAUUCACUUCCUCAAAACGAUCAAGGAUCCCCGCUUCGAGGACUACGACAUCAGAUAUCGGUUCAACAAUAGAUUUGCAUUCCUUGGCAAUGGUCAGGUGAAGGCCAACACGACCAAGAGCGUCGAGGGGCUAAGCACGUACGUCCGAAACGGGGAUCACGACUGGAACGUCGACUGAGCGCUGGACAUGAGGGGAAUAUGAGACGGACAUAGACGGGUCGCGGC